AUGUUGAAGUCGAUUGUUUGCCUUUGUUUUCUUGCCUUAGUAACAGUUAACGCUGUUCGAUUUGAACUAAAUGACAAUGCUCGUCGUUUCUUGGCUAGCGCAAAGUCAUCUAAUCUACCCGAAUCCGUUCGAUUAUCAUUGAUUAAACACGAAGGCCGUGGUCCAAGUGAUUCGUCACAUUGGUGUUGCAUUAAUGAACAACCGAUUACAACUGAAACUCAAACCAGAAUCGAAUAUGCCACACACGCUGUCGCAACCAAAACAAAAGUUGGUUAUGUCGAUUGUGGCUUUAUGGGAAUGAUGAAAUGCAGUAACUAUGUGACAAGCUAUAAAACGGAAACAUAUUCAUUCAUACAAACAUUUCAAGUACCUAACAUGGCUGCAUGCAGCACUCACGAAAUGAAAUGUUGUUCAGGUUAUUUAUUGGUCACCGGUAACUGUCAUAGUAUUCAGGAUUUAUCUGCAAAUCAAGAAUUGUUCCAAUUUUUAUUCGGUCUUGGUUUACUCGGAUCCACGCCCGGCAAAUGA